AAUGGAUUUAUUGGGGUAAUUUUGUAUUGAGUUGGUGAGAUAAAUAUUUAUAAAUGGUUUUAGGUUAAUUUUACCAAUAUGUUAGGAAUAUGAAGAUGCAGGAGAAUUUACAUUUAAGGAAAAGUUAAUAAGAUCUUGUAAAAACAAUCUAAUAGCAUAUGCAUAUUUGAUAGUUUUAGGAUUAGUAUUUAUUGGAUAUUUGGCAAUAUUCAAUAAAUUGGAUUUUGAUUCAAUUUUGAAAUUGUUAAUUGCAUUAGCUUAUGGAUUGUAUGAGUAAUUUGUAAUAAAAGUGGUAUCCUCUUAGUAGUUAUUUUAUUGGGACAUGGUUUAGUAGCAAUACCACGUGAAUAUUGGAGAAAAUCAUAAUAUGAAAAAUGUUUAAGAGGAUUGUAUUUAGAAGCAGCAUAAAUACAUCAUGCUAUAUAAGAAUUAUAUGAUUAAUUGAUAAAUUUGACUAUUGAAGUGAUUUAACACAAGAAUACAAAUCCAGAUUUAACAUGUAUUUAUUAAUAUUGAAUGAAGUACACCUAUUGAAAAAUGGUUAGAUACCUUAUGAGAUUAUAGAAGAAGCUUAAUAUAAAUAUAAAGAGAGGAAUAGAAAAUUGGAACCAUGGCCAGAAGUUAAUAAGAGAGUUAAGAAGAAAGCAUCUGAAUAUAAGAGAGCCAUAACAAAAUGGGAACAUAUAUGUACUGAGUGUUUUCUUUUGGAAGACAUGAUAGAUAAUGAAUUUAGUGUUCAUUAUAAGAUUAGAUCAACUUUAAGAUAUGAGAGAUCAGGAAUAAUGGGACAUUAUUUUGAUAUGUUAUAAUGGUUAUGGUACACAAAGAUAAAGAAGGCUUAUUUAUUAUCUUUAAGUGUGAUAUUUUGGAUAUUAUCAAGCAUAGUCAUAUUAUCAGAGAUCUCUUGUUUUACUUAAUUUGAUAUAAAUAUAUUGAAGAGAAUAAUAAAUGUGAAUGGAUUCUUUUAAAUAUAGAUAUCAAUUUUAAUACCUUUAAUGUACAUAUCAUUUUGUGCAUUUUAUGGUUUGUUUCAUAUUAAUUUUGCAGGAAUGUAUGGAUUUUAUAAUCAUUAAUAAACUGAUGCUCCAAGUUUAUUAUUUGGAUCAAUGUAAGAAUAUCAUUUUAAUAAUUAGUAAUUUUUCAAGAGUGUCAUUUCCUCUUACUUUUAAUUUUUUAUAAAUGAUACAAAUAUCAGGUACACCUUUUGAGGAUGUAAUAGGGAAUAUGGAUACAAGUUCAGUAUUAGGAAUGUCAUUCUCUUAUUCUUUACCUAUAUUAUUGAUUUUGGCAUCGGUUUUCAAUUUUUUUGAAGUUUAUGAUAAAAUUCUUUAAGGAAUAGGUUUACCUUAGUUUAAGUUUUCUUAAGUACAAUUUAGUAGCAAAGAAGGAGAGAGAUUGAUAUGUAGAGCAAGAGUUAAGAGAGAAAGAGAUAUAUUGAAUAAAGUGGGUAUAAAAUUUUUGGAUCAAUGUGAAAUGCGGGAAUUGGAUUGCUAAAUGAUUUAAAUUGUCUGA